AUGGCCGUUAAGGCGGCUAAAGGUGAUGAUAGUGGUGUUGGCAGAUGGAGGAAGGAGAAGUCGUGGAGGAGGUAUCGGGAUUUUAGGAGGUUUGUGAUUGGUUAUAAGAACGAUUGUAGUUUUAAAGUGGUGCGCGCUGGGCAUUGGCACUCAGGGUUGAAUGCUCGUUUUCGUCCAAGGAUUCCCCGACCAAACAUAACUAAAAAUGGUCCCAAAGCAGGGAAACUCAGUCCUGCAGUUAGAGAUGAUGAGAUCAAUGAUACCCUUCCAGUUAUAGGAUCAGAGUCAGCAUUUAGAAACGGGAAAUACCUAUAUUAUUCACGGGGUGGUGAUUAUUGUAAAGGGAUGAAUCAGUAUUUGUGGAGCUUUUUGUGUGCGCUUGGGGAAGCUCAGUAUUUGAAUAGGACAUUUGUAAUGGAUUUGAGUCCUGCUGCAAAUUACAUUCAAAGGCCCUGGCAUGCUCUCUGGAAAUCAAAGAGACUAAUGAACAUAGUUACAGCAAUUAGUGGGAGCAUGGAUUGGGAUUUUGAUGCCGUUCACGUGGUUCGGGGGCAGAAAGCACAGAAUAAGGAGCUAUGGCCUCACCUGGACGCUGACACAUCCCCGGAUGCCAUUCUAGAGAAACUCCAAAGGGUCAUUACUCCUUGGAGGCACUUGUAUGUUGCCACAAAUGAACCAUUUUACAACUACUUUGACAAAUUGAGGUCACAUUACCAUGUUCAUUUACUCGACGAUUACCAGUACAUGUGGAGCAAUACAAGCGAGUGGUACAACGAGACAACGGCUCUAAAUGGUGGGCAUCCAGUUGAAUUUGAUGGAUAUAUGAGAGUUGAGGUGGAUACUGAAGUUCUGUACAGGGCGAAGACAAAGGUGGAAACCUUUUAUAACCUGACUGCAGAUUGCAAGGAUGGAAUAAAUACUUGUUGA